GGAGGACGGGGGCCGUUGCCUGCGCCCAGGCCGUGUCCGUCCCCGUUUCGCUUCCCCCCCGCCCGCCUUUCCCGUCUCCGCUUCACGAGUCAUGGCGGCCGAGUCGUGGGCGCGGGCAGUGGACCUGCAGGAGUCGACGGCAGAGUCGCUGGGCAACCUAAAACUGAAAGAGGAAACUUCGAGUGCUGAACCGAAGGAAGCAAAUGUAAAACAAGAGCCUUCAGAUAAAGUGGAGAAAACCAAUAAACCAGACAAAAGUGGUGAUAAUGCAGACGUCAAGCCGGAAGAAGAUGACAGAGAGGACAAGGCUGCGCAGUCCCUGUUGAAUAAGCUCAUCCGCAGUAACCUGGUUCAAUCUUCACACCAGGUUGAAGUGCUGCAAAGAGAUCCAAACUCCCCUCUCUACUCAGUGAAGUCCUUCGAAGAGCUGCAUUUGAAAAAAGAUCUUCUGCAAGGCGUGUAUGGAAUGGGAUUUAACAGACCUUCGAAGAUCCAGGAGACGGCAUUACCCAUGAUGCUGGCAGAGCCCCCGCAGAAUCUGAUUGCUCAGUCUCAGUCGGGCACCGGGAAGACAGCUGCCUUUGUUCUGGCCAUGCUCAGUCGAGUGGAUCUGUCCCAAAGGCAUCCACAGUGCUUGUGCCUUUCCCCAACCUAUGAGCUGGCUUUACAGACUGGACAAGUGAUUGAACAGAUGGGAAAAUUCAGUCCUGAUAUCAAGUUGGCAUACGCUGUGCGAGGAAAUAGACUUGAGAAAGGCCAGAGGAUUUCAGAACAGAUCGUUAUUGGAACACCCGGGACUGUGAUGGACUGGUGUACAAAGCUGCGGUUCAUAGAUACCAAAAGGAUCAAAGUUUUUGUCCUGGAUGAAGCUGAUGUCAUGAUCGCCACCCAAGGACACCAAGACCAGAGCAUUAGAAUUCAGAAGAUGCUGCCUAACAAUUGCCAGAUGCUGCUAUUUUCAGCCACGUUUGAAGACUCUGUAUGGAAAUUUGCCCAGAAAGUUGUUCCCGAUCCGAACAUUAUCGAGUUGAAGCGAGAGGAGGAAACCUUGGACACAAUUAAGCAAUAUUACGUUAUGUGUAAUAGCAAGGAAGAGAAAUACCAUGCCCUGUGUAAUAUUUACGGAGCAAUAACCAUAGCUCAGGCCAUGAUCUUCUGCCAUACCCGCAGGACAGCUGGUUGGCUGGCAGCGGAAUUGUCCAAAGAAGGUCAUCAAGUAGCUCUGCUGAGUGGAGAGAUGAUGGUGGAACAACGAGCUGCCGUGAUCCAGCGUUUCCGGGACGGGAAAGAAAAAGUCCUGGUCACGACUAAUGUCUGUGCAAGAGGUAUUGAUGUGGAGCAAGUUUCUGUCGUCAUCAACUUUGAUCUUCCGGUGGAUAAGGACGGUAAUCCAGACUGCGAGACGUAUCUUCACCGGAUCGGGCGAACAGGCCGCUUCGGCAAGCGAGGGUUGGCUAUCAACAUGGUGGACAGCAAAUACAGCAUGAACAUCCUGAACCGGAUCCAGGAGCAUUUCAAUAAGAAAAUUGAAAAGCUUGAUACUGAUGACCUUGAUGAAAUUGAGAAGAUCACCAACUGAGGUACAACUGGCUGAAGUCAUUCAAGCCCGUCUCAACCCUGUGACAACGUGCACUGCCCAGAUGCAAUUGGACUUUUGGACGCGGUUUAUUCUGUAGCCAAUUUUGAGAAUAAACUGAUAGAAUCAAAUGACAUUCAAUUUACCUCAUCUAAAACUUUGCAUUGGGAUUUUGUAUCUUCGAAGGAGUGAAUAAUAAAAAAAAACGCUAGUGUUUCCAUUAAAACAUUCAGCAUACUCUAUAUAUUUUGUCUUAGUUAACCUUAAAAAGAAUAUUUGAAAUGCCAAACAACAGAAAAAGGUGAGAGGUGUAAAUGUGAAGUAAGAGUGACCAUUUCAGUUUAGAUACUGUUCAUUUAUAUGAUGGUGCGUUACAAACAUAGAUUUAAGUUUAUUUGGAAAUGAAAUGUUACUGACAUAUUGAAACAAGGUAUGUUAUCUUAAAUAAAUUUAAUGAGACUUCAUUAUUUAGCA